AGCAGCCGUCCCCUCCUUCAGAGGUGUUUAUUCCUAACGGAGUCACCAUGCCUACGCUGGAGGGUUGGCAACAGUUGGCUGAGUUCCGUGAAUCGGUAGUCCUCAACCUGCGCAAGGAAAAUAUCGGGUUGCAAGAAGAUAUUCGGAAGAUGAGAGCGGAGGCAAUGGUUUUGGGAGAAAAUAUAGUGUCUAACUCCCAUGUUUAUCAGGCUCUUCGCACCUCUGCUUCCCAAUUAGAGCUCAUCAAUCGAGAGUUGCGCGAGAAAAUCCAGCAAGGCCAAAAACGGGAGGCCGACCUGCUCCAAAAUCGCAGUCAAUGGGAGGAAGAAGUGACUGCGAAUCUGGAGCGGACGAAGGAAGAUCUUCGUAACAUGCUGGUGAGGCGUGACAUUGAAAAUGCAAGACUGCGCGAGCAGCGGGACCAAGCCGCUGCCGACGUACAUGAGCGCAAGCAGAAGGAGCAUUUUAGGCGACAGGCCCUUCAAGAAUGCGAAGCGCUUGCUCAAUCUCGUUCAGAACGACUGGCAGUGCUGCAAUCUGAGGUCUCUCGACUCAAAGCUCUCAUUGCAGCGCGGGCAGGGGACGCGGAUCUCGCGGAUUUCCUUUCCCAAGAGAAGGGUGAAGAUAUUACCUACGUCGACGAUCUCAAGAAGCGACUGGAAGAGUCGAAGAUUCGGGCCAUGGCACUGGAAGAAUCCCUCAGCCGCUGUCAGGGGGAGAAUAUCGAGGUCGCGCAGCAUAUACGGCGUGAAGCAGAGACGCGGGAGCAGCUAGCAGCAACGAAAAAGCUUCUCCAGCAGUAUCAGUCAAUAUACGGCGAGUCCUCCAGCUUACCGCCGGAGAUCACACAUCUCUCAGAGCAGCUGAGAAUUAAAGAAGAGGAAGUGACUCGAUUGAGACUCCAGGAGACUCAGCGAGCCCAAGCAGAGGCACCGUUGUAUGCGGAGCUGGAUAAGCUAUCCGCUGCAUGGGAACAGCUGGAUCGGCAGGUGAAGAGCAAAGUCUUUGACUUGACGGCCGCGGAAGAUCGGAUGGAGAAGGUCACCUUGGAGAAAGCGAAGUCGGAGAACAAGUUCUAUGCCGCGAUGCGUGAAAAGGACGCUCUCGUCGCAGAGUCGAAGAACAUGGCGCGGGUCAUCGAGAAGCAAAGCAAGCUGGUGGAAAAGUUGACUAAUUCAGAAAAAGAGCUCAAUAAGGAGAUAAUACACCUAUUGCAAGAGCAAGCAACACGAAAGUUGACACUUGAGACUUGGCAAGUUACCUUCCAAGAAAAUGAACGCAUGAUACAACUAUGGCAUGCGCGUGCAGAAGAAAAACACCUCCUAGUCUCUCAGAUCAAUAAGGUUUCCAAGACUCGAGAAGAGAGGUAUGAGUUGACCAGGGAAGAACUGCGUACUGCCAAUGAGCGGCUGCUGAAGGCUGAACUAGCGCUUGCCAGCUCAAAGGCUAAGCCGCUGACCGUUUCACAGAAGGAAGCAGCUUUGACGAAAGAAGUGGAGAAUUGCAUGAAAAUCCUCAAGUGUUCGAUAUGUCAUUCGCACAUGCGAGAUACGGUUAUCACAAAGUGCAUGCAUUCGUUCUGCAAAUCGUGUGUUGAUGAUCGCAUCUCGACACGACAGCGCAAAUGCCCUGCAUGUAAUCUACAAUUUGCCCAGUCGGAAGUGCAGCCGCUAUAUUUUCAGUAACCUUUCGCUCGAUCUCUGUUUCUGGCGGGUACUUGUUGGUACCCCUCGUUGUUUAUUCCUUCAGUUUGCGUUGAGUUGUUCUUUGUUGUUACUCUAUACACCUGGUGCUCAGUUUGUUCCUUUCCCGUCCCAGUUGGUUUACACGCUCAUGUUGAUGUAUCUCAUCGUUCACUACAGUUGUUGCCGUGGCUUACCUGGCAGUGUC